AUGGGGGCCCAUGGGGAUAGUUUGGUGGUGGAGGAGCGGGGGAGCGCGGGGCUCUCUCAACUCUCCUCUGCUCCUGGCUGGACGGGUACCCCGAAGAUUUUAGGGGACCCCAAAUCCCCCCCCUUAGCCGAGGGCUUGAUCCGAGUGUUGGGGCCCGACUCGGAAGCUGCGCGACGCCUGGAAAAUUUGGGGGGGCUCCCCCAAAGCGCGCCCCCCCCGGAGGAAGAGGAGGAGGAGGGUGACGAGGAUGAGGAGGGGGACGCCGACCCCCUGGACAUUCUGUCCUUCCAGGCCCAGGAGGUGGCCGAGCAGCUCACCCUGACCGAGGCGGAGCUCUUCUUGCGCCUGGUGCCCUACGAGUGCCUGGGGGCCCUCUGGUCCCAACGGGACAAGAGGGGACGCGAAGGCGCCUGUCCCAGCGUCCGGGCCACCGUGCGCCAGUUCAACCGCCUGGCGGGGGCCGUCGUCCGCUCCUGCCUGGGGGGCGUGGAGCUGCGGCCCCCCCCAGCGCGCCCGCCUGCUCGAGAAGUGGAUCCGGGUGGCCGAGGAGUGCCGCGCGUUGAGGAACUUCUCCUCGCUCUGCGCCAUCAUCUCGGCGUUGCAGUCCAGCCCCGUCCACCGGCUCCGGCAGAGCUGGGACGAGACCAGCCGCGAUGCCCAGCGCAGCUACGAGGAGCUCAGUGCCAUCUGCUCCGAGCAGGACAACUACAGCGCGAGCCGCCAGCUGCUGCUCCAGGACCCCCCCCCCAGAGCCCCCCACCCGCCGCCAGCCCCGCCGCCCCCCCGCAGCAGCGCUCUGUGGGGGUCGUGCCCUACCUGGGCACCUUCCUGCGUGACCUGGUGAUGCUGGAUGCGGCCAUGAAGGACGAGCUGGAGGAUGGCUACAUCAAUUUCGACAAGCGUCGCAAGGAAUUCGAGGUGCUGGCGCAGGUGCGGGGGCUGCAGGGGCUGUGCCGGGGGUACCGCCUGCACCCCCAGCCCCGCUUCCGCCGCUGGCUGCGCACCCUGCGGCCCCUGCCCGAGGCUCGCAGGCUCCUGAGAUCCGUGGGGACCCCCUCAGUGACCUGGGACCAACCCUGCCCCCCCGAUGUGCUCGUGUCCCCCCCCUCGGGCCCCCCCCCAGCUGCCCUCGCGCCUGGAGCAGGUGAAGUGGCCAUCGGUGUCGGCGCUGGACAAGGCGGCCGCCCCCCCCCCGCUGCCGUCCCUGUCCCCCCCCCCAGGGACAUUGUCCCCCCCCCCGGGGUCACCGACGUUCAGCCUCUUGUGGCUCAACCUUCCCCCCCUAAAGCUGGGGGAGACCCGGGGGGGGGCGGGGGGCGGCCGGGGGGGGCCCCCCCCACCGACUGCCGCAUCAUCCGGGCCCGCAUGGAACUGCACAACGGCAGCCUCUACAAGAGCAUCCUGAUCACCAGCCAGGACAAGACCCCGGCCGUGGUGGCCAAAGUGCUGGAGAAACACGGGCAGGAUCCGGGUGCUGCCCCCCGCUUCCAGCUGCUCCAGCUGCUCCCCGAAAACCGAGAACUGCUCCUACCCCCCUCCGCCAACGUCUUCUACGCCAUGACGGGGACCAGCCUGGAUUUCGCCCUACGCCCCCGGGAAUUGGGGGGGGGUCCCGGUCUUUGCCCCCCCCCCAUCUCAACCCCGGGGGGCCGAGCUCAGCUCCACCUUCCCUAAAAUCAAAGCCACCGGCCGCAAGAUCACCCGCGCCCUCUUUUAGGGGUGCCCCCCCCCCCCCAAAUUAAUCUAGGGGGAGGCCCCCCGUGCUGGGGCUGUGACACUACGGCAAUAAAGACACUACGGGAAGGAGCGGGGACACCCGACGCUCACAGCGUUGUUUCUGUUUUGGGAAGGGGUUUAAUGUGAAUUGGGGAGGGAGUUUGGGGUACAAGGACCCCCCC